AUGGAAAGAUAUAUUGACUUAGGACUUCCAGGAGUGGAUGGCCUUUCAACUGAACAGGGAAAGAGGCUAACUAUAGCGGUUGAAUUGCUUGUCAAUCCCUCAAUUAUCUUUAUGAAUGAGCCCACAUCAGGCCUCGAUGCUAGAGCUGCUGCUAUUGUUAUGCAUACUGUGAGGAACACAGUGGAUACAGGACGAACUGAUACGCCUCAUGUUGAUGAAAGAGGAGGACAUGUGAUAUAUUCUGGACCUCUUGGCCGCCAUUCUCACAAGCUUGUUGAAUAUUUUGAGCAUUUGUAUCAGAAGUUCUCUAAGAGAUCUAAAAUUCUGCUUCAGUCUGUACUAGGUGUUCCCAAUAUCAAGGAAGGUUAUCAUCCUGCUACUUGGAUGUUAGAGCAUCAAAUUCAAGUAGGUAUGGAUAAAUCAUAG